AUGGACGCUAGAGUCCCGAGGAAUAAUGCGGAGAGACGUGUACGCCCAAAACUCGCAUAUCGCCCAAGAAAGCCAUAUCUCAACCCACCACCACCAUCCCAAAUGGAUAUCAUCCGCCAACAUGUAUUGAAUACAAUGCAUGAGCAAGCUGAGGCUCACGAGAGAGAAAUUGCAAAGAGGCAAUUGAUUGAAGCUAUGCAGGGGGAAACCCGUUUAAUUAAACCAAAGAAGGUUCGUAGAAAGUACCAGAUGGCUGCCUGGCGAUCAAUUGAUGACGAUGGAAAGCCAAUCGAGAACGGAGAUUUCACACCGGCAACGGCUCGUGACUUGGCAAAACUGGUGCCAGUCGAUCAAUCAGCAAUUGUGAUUUGCAAUCCGGAAAAGGCGAUUUGCAGAAUCAAGUUGAAGAAGCCAGAAGAGAAAAUCGAGACGGUUGCUAAGCCACGCUACUCCACUCCGAGUCAUACUAUCCUUUUCACCAAAAAGUACGACAAAGCGAGUGAUCUGGACAAAGUUCUGGAGGAGUUGUAUCCGUAA